AUGCAGAUCGAGAUCCCGGAGCUCGACGACGAGCCCACCCACACCCCCAGGAGCCAGCCCGCCCUCGGACCAGCACCCAGCCUGCCCGCCUCCCGCCCAUUCGGCGGACAGCACCCCCCGCCCCUCUCCCGCAGGCCGAGUGCCGAGCAGCCCCCCACAGUCACCCGGAACCACAGCCUCAGCCAGCACCCCACCCACAGGAAACUCUCCGUCGCCAGCCUGCGCUCCCAAAUCUCCUCCAAGCCAGCCCCAGACCACCCCCGCACCACCCAGCGCACCAUCAACGACCACCUCCCCCGCACUAGAAAUGAGAAUCCAGCCCAGCCGGACCACCAUGCCCCCCUGGAGGUCGCCAUCUUCCUGAUCAUGGACAGGUUUUUCGAAGAAUGCGAGAGCAAGCUUGCCCAGCUCCUCAGCAAGCCGAUCCCCGCCUCGGCGGAGGACGAUGUGUACAUACCCUACUGUCUCGGCCACGCCGUCGACCCGGCCUUCGACGCCACAUUCGUCUCUCUCGCCCAAGUCUCCAAGAAAAACCCCGCACAGGUCGUCAACUUCGUCAUGCGCUGGAAGUCCCGCCAGGGCGAAUCGAGCGACGACUAUGCCAUCCAACGUGCCUUGGUCACCAGCGGCAACUCCCUCAAUCCUCGCCGGGUCACGGCUGUCCUCUCCGAGCGCAAAAACCUGGCGCUGGUCUACAUCCUCUGUCGCGCCCUGAUCUCCAUCGUCCAAGUGGUCACCCGGGAAGCACUCGGAGAAGACCUUGGCACCCGUCUGGAAGAGAUCAUCUUCAACUCGAUCAAGAAUGCCGAUCCGCACCUCACCGCCAGGACGCCCAACAAACAGGCCAACAUGAACAUGUUUGCCUAUCUCCUUGGAGCCUUGUCCAACAUCAGAUUCACGAGCGUCAGCGACCGUUUUGCCGCCGAAAUGGACGCGAUGAACCGGGUCGCCCAUCUUCGCGACCAGAAGGACGGCGAAGCCAGAUUGGGAUACCUGGUCCGAGGCGUCCAGUUUCUCAAGCUGAAGGUCUACCCGCUCGAGGCAUUCGAGGACACCGCCGACUUCAUCGCGACCUUCGCCACCCUCUUCGAGUCCUCCAGAGGCUCAUCAGUCAAGACCGCCAUGGCCGAAACCCUCGGCCCCUUGCUCGCUCAAGUCGUCCAAUCGGCCACCGCCGAAGUCAACCACCCCGUUUGGGGCAAGGCGAUCAACCUCAUCCUCAGCAAGUCGCACUCCAUGUCCGAUAAACCCUCGAAAUCCAGAUACUGGAACUCCACCGUCCCACUGAUGUGUGCAGCCGUCGGCGCCGCCCCGCAAGAGCUCCUCUUGCCCAAGUGGACCGAGACCGUAGAAUGGUGCACCACCAAGCUGAAGGAGAAAAGCACCCGAGCCGCAAUGAUGCUGGGGAUCGUCCAGCUGACGUGGUCAUACUUGCAUCGGGUCCGCGAAGGCGCAUCGGCCUUGAACAAGCGGCUCGAACCCAUCCUCCGAACCGCCUUCCCUCCAGAUCGGAAGAACGUCUAUCCGUCCGAAGUUUCCCUUGACACCUUCGUCUCCUUGAUCCAUUUCAUCCUGCACUGGCAGCUAGACUAUGGCACCGACUUUGUCCUCAGAACCCUUCUCACCUACGCCAAUGACGCCAACGAGAACAACCAAGGCUUGGUCGCCCAAACCGGGGCCGAACGGAUCAUGAUCGGAAUCACCAGCAGCUUGAGAGCGCUCACCUCACUCGAAAAGGCCCAAGACCCGCCCUACCCAACCCACGACCAUCACCAGCACUCGAAAAAUUCUUCAAACCCCCACAUCAUCUAUGACCCCAAUUACUCCUCCAGGGCUGGGGAAUCGCCCAACGACGGCCAGGCGCUCAAACCCGACCUGCUCGAGAAACCCCGGAUCAAGGCGUUUGUGGAUGCGAUCGGGACCAAAGUGCUUCAGAUGGCCGCGUACUGCGACCGGACCCUCGCCCCGUUCACCAUCAAUGAAGACAGGUACCUCACUCCGUGGCACGACAGCGUCGCGGCGAGGGCAGACACGUUCGACGGCCCGACCGUCAUCAAACGACACGGCGCUUUUGCAGUCGAAUACCCGCGCCACCUCCAGCCCACGUUUGACGUCCUCCAGACCUGCUUACAGGCGUGGCCGCGGAUCAUCAACUCGCCGGCAUCCGAGUCGGCAUCGCUUGCAAUCUUACUCAGAGGCUUGGUGUCCUUGGACGUGGGCGUGACGAUCGAGGCCAAACUGUGCUUGCGGCGCUUCCUACAGGCCGGCAAAUCCUUUGCCGUCCUUCAAGCCUACACACGCUUUCUCGUCAAGCCGGACUUGUUGGUCCGGAUCAAGCCCCAUCUCCAGAAAGGGCUCGACUCCAAAGUGGAGAACCUCGUCAAGUUCUGGGUCGAAGCCCUGACGGCAUGGUGCGAACACAUCCGCAAGCUGUCUGUCAACGGAGAGGAUCCAGACUAUGCGUCUUCGCCCUCCUUUGGCGCCGAGGGAACCAAGCUACUCUGCCACAUGGAAGCCACCGGCUUGGUGCUCCUGUGCUCCAGGUCGUACUACAUCCGUCGCUCAGCCUUGGACGCCUUACGGAUCAUUGCUACCGCCCGCGGGAUCAUCCAAGAGGCCAGCUCGGUGACCACCCCACGAUCGAUGACCUUCAACCCGACCUGCAGCGUCACCACUCUUCUGGCCGAGGCCGAGAAACGGCUGUUCGAGAACCUCAACGACGACGAUUUCUCGAGCGUCGAGCGGACCCGGCUGGUCAAGUGGAAGAAACACCGUAAGGCGGCCAACGGCGAGAGCCUGACCCGCUUGCUUGAAUCGGACAACCCCGCCGACUACACCCUGCUCUGCUUUGCGCUCUCCUCGAUCUUCAGUACCUCGCUCCUCCUCCUCCCCGCCACCGUAUCCCAUGCCCGAAUCCUCCUCUACGGCCAGCUUCAGCGACUCUAUCCCUUGGCCUCCGAUGCGGCCGGUGUCGGCGGCCGCUCCACCGUCAGCGGCACCGGGCUCAACCCAGGCUGGGACGACCGCAACCUCUACAUGUCCUGGUCUUCGCUCCUCAUCAGCGUCACCAGCAUCACCACCUCGACUGACCCCAAGACCGGCAACCUCAGCCCGACGAUCGACACCCUGUCAAACACCUCCCAGAGUGCCUCGGCCCGCGAAAGGCACAUCUCUCCCGGGGAGGACCUCAUCAAGACCCUCGUGCCCUUCCUGACCUCCGAACAGCCGCCCUUCAGGGAAGCGGCGAUCCGGGCCAUGAGCUCGAUCCACGUCUCGAUGUACCCCACCCUGCUCGAAGGCCUCUCGGGCCUCGCCCACCAUCUGACGAGUGAGCGCAAGAUGAUCGAGGCCCAGAAGGACCGCUCCGCCCGGCCUAACGGGACCGUCAAGAUCAUCAGACUCUUCUCGGCCAUCGGCAAGCUCCACGAAUCCACCACCAAGCUCUUGUUCCAUCCCGACUACCGCAUCGCCGACCGCACCGUCGACAUCCUGGCCACCUUCUCCCGCGAGACUUGCAUCUUUCUCAAGUCUCAGCAGCAUCUCGACGACCUCGUCUCCCUCUCCAUCCGCAAAUCCUUCCUCACCUUCGCCGAACGACUGCUCAGAAAGACCGCCCUCUCGCGCCCGUCUUCCUCGCCCGACCAUCCGCAUCUCUUCCCGAAGGAGCUGUUCAUCGAUUUCUACAAUCUGGCCGAAGAUUGGAGCACCCGCGCGAUCAGCUCGUCCUCCUCGCAGCCCCAAUCUGCCCACGCCAACCUGAGCUUCGGCCAUCCCCCUGGGAACGACCCUCAUCCCUCGCGCAGCGGGUCGAUGUCCAGCAGGGCUAAUGUGCCCCAACGGGGACGGCCGUCGGCGUCCUCGACAACCAUCUCGAGCGAUCUCCUUCCGGCCUCUGCAUCCAUGAUCGCGACGCUCUGCGAGAGUUAUCUCGACGUUCGGGUCGCCAGUGGCUCCCAGAAUCGGCCCGAAAGUAUUGCCGAUCGCCCCCGUAUUAGUGUCUCGCGACUGCUGAGAUGGAUCGUGAUGCUGUUCGAAAAGAAUGAUCCGAAGUCUCACGUCCACGCAAGACGGGCGUUCAUCGGGUCUGUAAGAAAUAGCAGCGAAUCCGAUCGGCUCUUAGAGGCCGCCCUGACGCUUUGCUGGAAUGAGUCUUCCAAGGCGAUGCCGUUGCUGCAGACUCUGUUUGGGGUCUUGGGGAACGCAUUGAUAUCGGACCCGAGCCUCCAGAUCCGCGACUCGGCAUUACUCGUGAUCUGUCUGGCCCGGCUGACCCAUUCUGACCUGACGAUGCGGCAGCAAGCCAUCGACCUUUUGAAAGCGCGCGGGAUGCUAGGCACGCAGCUGGACCUCUUGUCGGACGUCGAAGUCAACCUGGCGAGCGCCUUUGCCGGCCAGCAUCUCGCCGCCCAGUUCCGUACCUCGGCCACCGUCUGCAGCUUGCGCAAAGUGGCAGCGGUCGACUUCAUCCUCGAGCUGUGCUCCCGGAUCAUCCAGACUGAUCCGCAGAAGGCCAAGCCGCUCGCCCGUCUGAUGCCCAGCUGGCUCAACCAGAUCCAGCUGCCCCCUUCUAUCCCAGAUAGUCCGUCCUCUAAGUUCAGAAACCUCAUCAAUGUCGUCCUGCUCGUCACUUCUAAGAUCAUCGAGACCCACCCUGAUGAGGUCCGCUCGAUCUGGACUUCAUUGUCCAACGCCUCUCCCCCCAACUCCAAAGCCAUCGCCACAUAUCUCGUCGAACAAACCGCCCGGCGUGGCCUGCCUGGCUUUGUGGGCUUGGUGCGGACGGUGAUCUCGUGUAUGUCGUAUGAUGAGGCGACCGAUACGAUCCAUAAGGACUUGCUGAGCCUCGUCGAGCCCGCGAAACUCUUGGCUGCGUCUAGUCCCACUUCUCUGAGCGAUCCAGGCUCAGCCGGGUCAGCUGGCUCGAGAUCAUUCGACCUUGAAGCCUCCUUCCCUGCCCUGUCCUCGCGAGCCGUGUGUUCUCCUAUGCAAGCCGUCAUCCUCCUCCUGGGUGAAACCAUGGUCCUCCGGCCUCUCACCCUCGCUGACCGGCUGCCGCACAUCCUGCACGCCUAUGUCGUCCAAGUCGACCACACUAACCCCCCGUUCAGAACGCAGAUGCAGGAGGGAUUGGUCCGCUUUAUGGGCAUGCUGCGCCGAGCCCAAAUGGCCCAUCUCCAAAACUCCGCCGGUCCUUCCUCAGAGGAGCUCGCCGACGGCGAGCCAUGGAGACUGUUUUGGGAGUUCGACGAUCUCGGCGGCUCUCGAAGACACCGCAAGGGCCCUCCAGCCAACAUGGAGUCAUUGGUCCAUCAGAUCGCCUCUCUCUCCUUGCAUCUGUUCCCCGAUUUCAGCCGCAACUGGACCCAAGUGGCUGUCGAAUGGGCCACGCAAUGUCCCGUCCGCCAUAUCGCCUGUCGAUCGUUGCAAGUGGUCAGGGUCCUCGGCUCACCCGUCGACCCGACCCUGCUCGCCGAGCUCCUCGUCCGUCUCUCCAACACCGCCUCGGACCCUUCCCAGGACAUCCAGCUGUUUGCGCUCGAAGUGCUGAGCACAUACUCCGAGUGCGCCCGAAUCACCGCGGCCAAUGCGGCGCUCUAUGCCCAGCUGUUUUGGACGGGGGUGUCGUGCCUCGAGACGGCCAACGACACGGAGUUCUUGGAGGCCAUCGAGCUGAUCCGGGCGGUCGUCAAGGCGAUCGAGCCUGGCACUUGCUACGAGAUUGCCAACUCGAGACCCAGCCAAUGGGAGGCUGACGCCAGCCCGUUCAGACCCCUGUUGACCAAAGGUCUGCGAUCAUCGCAGCUCUGCUCUGCCUCGUGGAGUCUGGUCAAAGACUUGCUCGAGCUUCCGGACAAUUGCGGGGUUAUUGAUUGGCUCAACGGGGGCCUGGCCAUGCUGUAUGCCGCCUGUCUGCCGUGGUGCUUCCAGGUCUUGGAGACGGGAGUGAUGCAGUAUGAGAUCGAUGAGAUCGCGUUGAGCGUUGCCCGUGUAGCCGAAUCGUUCAGGAUGGACGGCCUCUCGAGAGUAAUGGUCUCCUUCGUCAAGAAUCGCUUCCGGACUAAGGAAGACUUCCUGCGCCAAGCCGUCAACGGCAUCCGCGAAUACUUUCUCCCGAAAUUCUCCGCAGAUAUCUUGGUCGUCUAUCUCGGCUUGCUGUGUAACCCUCUCGACUGGCUUCGCUUGAAAACCCUGGCCGUCUUGAAGCUGUUCCUCAAGACGAUCGAGCCCACGUUCGCAUCGUCAGGAAUCAACGAGCUGGGCUAUGACCUCUUGACGCCCCUGUUGCAUCUGCUCCAGACGAAUGCAUCCCAACAAGCCCUGGACAUCUUAGCCGAGCCGAUGCCGAUCAAGAGUCGGCCGUCGAACGGACGCAAAGGGUUGACGGCUGAGGAUGGCGGGUCUUCGUCGACGUCGUCGAAGAGGGUGUUUGGGAUGCCGGAUGAGACGGGCUGGUGUGUGGCAAAUGUGCAGGAAGCGAUGGGGCAGACUCGGAGCCGGUUGACGGACGUGAUCGAGAGCUUUGCGCGGAGCUUUAUGGGCGAGAGUCUGCAGCGCUCGUCGGUGGUCGAGUUCAGCUAUGAGUGGGGCCACGAGGCCGAGCAGAGCAUCGACAACCAGACCCAGUCGGACUUUGCGGAGACCAACGAGAGCUUCGGGGACAUGGUCUCCACCCUGCAUGAUCUGUCGGACUUCUUCGGGCAGGACGGCAGCCCUGGCGGCGGCCACGGCCACGGCCCGGCUGCCCACGGCUCCUCCUCGCGCAUCUCCUCGCCGCUCAACCCGUCCACGGCCCGGGUGGCGGCCAUCCUGUCCCGCUCGCUGAGCAAGCGCCGCGCCAACCGGCCGAGCCUGCACGUCCGGCCCUCCGCCGCCGCCGCCGACGAGCACGACCACCACCAGCAACCGCACCCGGCGAGCCGGGAGCCGCCCCUCGCCGCCGCCGGCCCGUCCGCCCGCCCCGGCUUCCCGCCCGCCCCCAGCAGGCCGCUCAGCCUCGUCUCCUCCGACGCCGGCUCCGACCCCCUCCCCAACACCCCCCUCUUCAUCGCCCGCCGCUUCCAUCAGACCUCGCUCUCCGUCGACUCCAGGGACGACUUCCUCGGCCAGAGCCAUCCCCAUCUCCAUCCCCCCUCGCGCACCGUCUCGCCCAGCGGCACGUUCUGCACCGACGACAGUCACUCCGUCUACGCCUUCGACCUCGACCAUUGA